AUGCUGAAGUACGUCUGUGGUACGUUGCUUGUGUUUCACACACUUCUGGUAACUGGGCAGCGUUUUCUUGAACCACAGACAAACACAUUCAACUCGAGCUUCAAGCUGAGCGCUGAGCAAAUCACGAAAGCCAACUUAUCGUCCGAAUUGGCGAAUAAUAUCGAGGUGGCACUCAAUUAUGAGCGCUCAAACUGGGCUUUUGGCUCCAUCGCAGAAGACUCUUUCUACACUGUACCAGAGAACUUCACGGCCAGCACGCCACCCGGCACGCUGCUCAAGGUCGAGCCUUUGACGAACACCACAUUCUACACACUCGCGCCUAACCUGGCAUUAUCUCGCAUACUCUUCACAACGGAGACGUACAAGAAGACAGUGGUUCCAGCAUCGGCGUAUAUAUUAUGGCCCUUCUCACCAAACCUCCAAUCUGGAUCGAGCAAGGCGAAGACAGUUGUAUUCGCCCAUGGUGCAUCAGGGGAGUUCGGCGACUGCACGCCGUCUCACAUGCGCGGCCUUCUAUACCAGUUCCAAGCGACGUAUGCGCUCGCAUUGGCAGGCUUCGCUGUAGUAGCACCCGAUUACCAAGGACUUGGGAUAAAUUAUACCUUUGGUUUCGACAACACGACCGGACAGUCGGGAGGAACAAGGACGCCCGUCUACCACCCCCUCAUUGGCAACCCAUCGCUUGCCAAUGACUUGUUCUAUUCACGAGAAGCCGCCCUGCAGGCGUUCCCGUCGCGUCUAUCAGACGAGUUUGUCAUUAUGGGCCACAGCGAAGGAGGCGGCGCAGCGUGGGCAGCAGCAGAGCGACAAGUAACAAACCCCGUCCCGGGGUACCUCGGCACUAUAGCCGGGAGCCCAGCCGCAAACUUUUCUGCAGUCGUGGACCUUGCCCUGUCGCUCGGCGCCACAGAAAUCCCUGGAGUCAACCUCCUGGCUUGGGCGGCGCAGGGAAUAUUCCCGGACUUCCGCCUCUCCGAUGUCCUCACCCCGCUGGGAGUAGCCCGCCUGGAGCUGCAGGCGGAAAUCGCUGGGUGCCAGGGCGUGACGACUGUAUUAUCAGGCGACAGCACGACACAGUCUCCCCUGCUACGAGACGGCUGGCAUGACAAUUUCUACCUGCAGAGUUAUUUAAGGCUAUCUUCGGUGGGCGGGCGAAGUGUCGCUGGGCCCGUCUUUGUAAUUCAGGGCACACUGGAUCAAUCCGUUCCCGAAAUAGUGACAACUGCGACGGUAAACGCGACUUGCUCGGCCCACCCGGAAAGUGUGCUAGAGUACCUGGUUGUUAACGGGACCACCCAUGUGCCCACCCUGUACGCGACGCAGAGGGAAUGGCUGGGAUGGAUCAACGCCAGGUUCGACGGCCUUCCCGUUGAUAGCAGUGGUGGGUGCCAGACGACUGUGAGGCAGCCUUUCUGGCCGAUUGAUCACUACCAAGCAGAGACAAAUUGGUUCCUCGAGCUGGCCCUGGAUGCGUACCAGACCGCCUAG